CUGGCCUUAAAGGGGACGCGGCCUGAGCGGCGGUUCGCGGGGUGGCCCCCGUUCGGGCUCCGCCCUGUCACCCGCACCUCGCCCCUCCCCCCGCAUCGUCUGGCAGCCCCGUAGCCCCGCGGCUGCGCCUCUGAGUCGGGCUUCCCGGAUAGAGGCUUGUGCAGAGAGGGCGGGGAGGUGGAGGCAGCGUCCCGCUAUCGGGGACCUGGCGGAGGGCGUCGUCCCUUCGGGGGACGCAGAGGACCCGCCCUGACCUAGCCUGGCCUAGCCGAGUGCGGCCCCGCCUGAGCGCCGCCCAGGAGCCUGGUCUGAGGCAGGUCCACUGGGGUCACAGAGCGCGGCCGCCAUGGACAAGAUCCUUGAGGCCGUGGUGAUGUCCUCGUACCCGGCCAGCGUGAAACAAGGGCUGGUGCGGCGCGUGUUGGAAGCGGCGCGGCAGCCCCUGGACCGCGAGCAGUGCCUGGCGCUGUUGGCGCUGGGCGCGCGCCUCUACGUGGACGGCGCCGACGAGCUGCCGCGCCGCGUGGGCUGCCAGCUGCUGCACGUCGCCGGCCGCCACCACCCCGAGGUGUUCGCCGAGUUCUUCAGCGCGCGCCGGGUGCUGCGCCUGCUGCAGGGCGGCGCCGGCCCACCGGGGCCCCGCGCGCUCGCCUGCGUGCAGCUCGGCCUGCAGCUGCUGCCCGAGGGGCCCGCGGCCGAAGAGGUGUGCGCGCUGCUCAGGCGCGAGGUGUUGCGCACCGUGUGCGAGCGCCCGGGGCCCGCGGCCUGCGCGCAGGUGGCCCGGCUGCUGGCGCGGCACCCGCGCUGCCUGCCCGACGGCCCGCACCGCCUGCUCUUCUGCCAGCAGCUGGUGCGCUGCCUCGGCCGCUUCCGCUGCCCCGCCGAGGGCGAGGAGGGCGCCGUGGAGUUCCUGGAGCAGGCUCAGCAGGUGAGCGGCCUCCUGGCGCAGCUGUGGCGCGCGCAGCCCGCCGCCAUCCUGCCCUGCCUCAAGGAGUUGUUCGCAGUCAUCUCUGGCACAGAGGAGGAGCCACCGUCCUGUGCCCUGGCCAGCGUGGUCCAGCACCUCCCACUGGAGCUCAUGGAUGGUGUCGUCCGGAACCUCAGCAAUGACGACAGUGUGACGGACUCUCAGAUGCUGACGGCCGUCAGCAGGAUGAUCGACUGGGUGUCCUGGCCUUUGGGGAAGAACAUUGACAAGUGGAUCAUUGCACUGCUGAAGGGCCUGGCUGCUGUUAAGAAGUUCAGCAUCUUGAUUGAGGUUUCACUCGCCAAAAUCGAGAAGGUUUUCUCCAAGCUUCUGUACCCCAUUGUCCGGGGAGCCGCCUUAUCCGUCCUCAAGUACAUGCUCCUGACCUUCCAGCACUCCCACGAGGCCUUCCACCUGCUCCUCCCUCACAUCCCCCCCAUGGUGGCCUCUCUGCUCAAGGAGGACUCCAACUCGGGGACCAGCUGCCUGGAACAGCUGGCAGAGCUGGUCCACUGCAUGGUGUUCCGGUUCCCGGGCUUCCCGGACCUGUAUGAGCCUGUCAUGGAGGCCAUCAAGGACCUCCAUGUUCCCAACGAGGACCGCAUCAAGCAGCUGCUGGGGCAGGAUGCCUGGACCUCGCAGAAGAGUGAGCUGGCUGGCUUCUACCCUCGGCUCGUGGCCAAGUCAGACACGGGCAAGAUUGGUUUAAUCAAUCUGGGCAACACAUGCUAUGUGAAUAGCAUCCUUCAGGCCUUGUUCAUGGCUUCUGACUUCAGACACUGUGUGCUCCGUUUGACUGAGAACAACUCACAGCCCUUGAUGACCAAGCUGCAGUGGCUCUUCGCCUUCCUGGAGCACAGCCAGCGGCCUGCCAUUUCCCCCGAGAACUUCCUCUCUGCGUCCUGGACACCCUGGUUCAGCCCCGGCGCCCAGCAGGACUGCUCGGAGUACCUGAAGUACCUGCUGGAUCGGCUGCACGAAGAAGAGAAGACGGGGACCAGGAUCUGCCAGAAGCUCAAGCAGUCCAGCUCGCCGUCCCCACCAGAGGAGCCCCCUGGGCCAAGCUCCACCUCGGUGGAGAAGAUGUUCGGGGGCAAGAUCGUGACUCGGAUAUGCUGUCUCCGCUGCCUCAACGUCUCCUCCAGGGAGGAGGCCUUCACGGACCUCUCUCUGGCCUUUCCCCCACCCGAGCGCUGUCGCCACCGCCGCCUGGGCUCCGUGGUGCUGCCUGCGGAGGGCGUGGGAGCCCCCGAGUCUCCCCCACUGUCCCCAGCUCAGGUCCAAGGCAGGGCGGGUCCUCAGAGGCAGAGGAAACACUGCAUCACAGGGGCUGUCCCCCCAACCAUCCUGGACAUGGCAGGCCUGGGCUCCCAGGGACCUGGGGAGCGGAGCCAGGAGAAGGUGGAGGAAGAGGAGGAGGUGCGAAAGGAGAAGGAGGAAGGAAGGACUAAAGAGGAGGAGGAAGAGGACGGGGAGAAAGUGGUAGGAGAGGAGAAGAAGGUGGAGAAGCGGGAGAAUGACAGCGCUGGCCCGGGCCCAGGGACCCCCAGGGCCGCCCCCUCCGGGGAGGGCUCCCGCUCCGUCCUGGACCUGGUCAACUACUUCCUGUCCCCCGAGAGGCUGGAGGAGGAGAACCGCUACUACUGCGAGUCGUGCGCCUCGCUGCAGGAGGCCGAGAAGGUGGUGGAGCUGAGCCAGGGCCCGCGCUACCUCAUCCUGACGCUGCUGCGCUUCUCCUUCGACCUGCGCACCAUGCGGCGCCGCAAGAUCCUGGAAGACGUGGCCGUGCCCCUGCUGCUCCGCCUGCCGCUGGCCGGGGGCCGGGCCCAGGCCUACGACCUGUGCAGCGUCGUGGUGCACUCCGGAGUGUCCUCGGAGAGCGGUCACUACUACUGCUACGCCCGCGAGGGCGCCGCCCGGCCGGCCCCUGCCCUGGGAGCCGCGGACAGGCCCGAGCCCGAGCACCAGUGGUACCUGUUCAACGACACUCGGGUGUCCUUCUCCUCCUUCGAGUCUGUCAGCAACGUCACCUCCUUCUUCCCCAAGGACACGGCCUAUGUGCUCUUUUAUCGGCAGCGGCCUGGGGAGGGCCCCGAGGCUGAACCAGGCUCUCCCAGAGUCCGGACAGAGCCCGCCCUGCACAAGGACCUGAUGGAAGCCAUUUCCAGGGAUAACAUCCUGUUCCUGCAGGAGCAGGAGAAGGAGGCACGGAGCAGGGCGGCCUACAUCUCCGCACUCCCCGGGUCCCCGUGCUGGGGGAGGGGCUUCGACGAAGACAAGGAUGAGGAUGAAGGCUCUCCUGGGGGCUGCAGCCCUGCUGGUGGCAGUGGUGGUGAUUUCCACAGACUGGUCUUCUAAUGGGAGCCUCCCCUGUUCCUGCCUGU